AUGGCGGACUACGAUAGCGAUGGGGGCGAUGGCAAUCUACAAGAAGCACCACGGAAGCGGCAGAAACGCUUUACGUUCAAGAAUUUUGCACAGAGGGUGGCGGAGGUCGAUGUGGAUGUGUACCGGAGGCCUCCAGUGCGUGCAGAGCCGCUGCCUGGAUCGAGCUCGUUCUUCCAUGAGGAGCUGCAGAAGAUGCGCGAGCUGCACACCACGGCCGACUUCCUGCAGGCGGCCGCAGCUCUCAACCCACUGGUCCAAACUCUGCCACAGCUGGUCCACCACAAGGAUGCGGUGGUGGGAAUUCUGCUGGGGGCGGUGCGGAUGGAUGCAGCGCUGUCACUGGACCCAGUUCUGGCGCUGCUGUCUGUUUUGGCGCGGGACCUGCAGGAAGACUGCGUUCCCUACGCCCCGCGCAUCAUUGACUCCCUUAUGGACCUCGUGGAGCAAGGCGCGGACCGAGAGCCGGAGCUGCUGCAGCAUGUGUUCGGCUGCCUGUCGAGCCUGUUCAGGCACCUGGUGCGCCACCUGGCCGCUGACCUGGCCGCCAUGCUGGCGCGCACCGCGCGGCUGCGCUACCACCGGGCCGAGCACGUUCGGCUGCUCGCCGCGCAAUCGACAGGUUUCCUUUUCCGGCAUGCCGGCCAGCGCGCGCUGAAGUCCGGCAUGCGCGCUGUCUUCGCUGAGCAUGCGCUGCGGCCGAGCGAGGAGAGAGCCCACGGAGCCGGCCUGCUUCUGGCGGAGAGUGUUGUGGGCGUUGGUAAUGGGCUGCACUCGAAGGCUGCUGUGCUGCUGCCGCUGCUUCUGCGCGAAGACUUGCUCGACCGCUCAGACCUGAAACCCGCCACAGAGGUAGGGAGGGUGCCAUCCAGGGAGGCAUUGCGCGAGAGAGCGGCUGUGGUGGUUGAAAUUGCGCUGGACCGGCUGCUGGAGCACGGCCGGCGCGGGAAAUUAGCGCCGCUGUGGGACACCGCGUUAGACGAGACCGACGCGCGCCUGCGCAGCCUAGAGGCCUCUGCCGGUUCGGAGAGGGCGGCCGCUUCGGCGAGCGCCGCGCGGGCGGUGCUCACCCUCGCGCAGAUGACUGAGUACAUCCGCGGCAGCCGCGUGGAAGACUACGCUCCACUCUUUGCCCUCACCACGCGGCUCGGAUCCAUCAUCGCAGCUCACCCAGCCGGCGCAGACUCAACAAUAACUCACCCGGGCGGUGGCGAUGAGUCAGCGGAUGCUCACCCCGCCAGCAACGAUGACUCGGCGGGUAGUCUUCCCGGCGUUGGCACGGCGUCGCUGCCGGGAGCUGCGCUGCGGCUGGUGGCGGCAGUGAUCGGCGGCCACGGCAAGGAUGUCGGCGCGAGCGCUGGGCUGAGCGCCAUCUCUCGGGCCGUCCCCGGCUGGGCGCCUCUGCUGACUCAUGCACCCAUCGACGAGGUGCUGCAGUUUGUGCGCCAGAUCCUGCACGGCGCCGGGGCCGGCCCGGCAGCGGCGGCCGCUCUCGGCCCGCUGCUGCUGGGCGCACUCGGCCGCGCCAUCGUGUCCGGGAACGCCGCACAACGCUCGCGCGCGCUGCCUCUGCUGGUCGAUGCCUGCGAUGCGCUGCGCCCGGAGGCAAGUACCAUCUCUGCGGGCCAGGAUGCAGUGCCCCUGCUGAUGACAGCGCAGCCCGGCGGCGUCCGUCUGGCGGCGUUCCUGCGCAGGCUGGCGACUGAGGAUGACUCACCGCCGGCCGAGGCAUGGGCUGCCCUGCGUUGCCUCCCCCACGCCUGUGAGAAGCCAGAUCAGGUGGUGGCGAUUUGCAACAUGCUGCUGGCCAGGACAGAAGCUGCCAUGAGUCAACCCGAGGACAUCCCUUCAAAGACUCGGGAGGGCCUCGUCUUCCUCCAUGCACAGGCGCUGCUGCUCCAAGCGCGGGUGCAGGCAGGGCACGCCCCUGCACGGGUGCAUGAGCUGGCACAGCCUGCCCUGCAGCUGCUGCGCAGCUGCACCGGCAGCUUCCACGCGCUUGCCACCGCUGCCGACAUCCUUGAUGGCUGCAGAGCGUCCGGAAACCUCCUUCCUGAGGCACAACUGCUGGAGCUGUUGCCUCUACUGGCGCCGAAUUUGAAUGCGCGAUCGCAGUCGCACCGCGCAGCCGCCCUGAAGGUGCUCAGCAGCUUCCAGCAGCCGGCGCUGCCCACAUCGGGCAACGGGCAGGCGGCCGCCGCCCAAGAGCGCAGCGACAUAUUCCCCCGCUGGGCCCAGAUCGAGUCCCAGACGUGCACGCUGGACAAUGGCCGGGUGGCGGCCACGGCGAUAGUGCGCAUGAAGACGGCGCUGGAGUACGGCCGCGUUCCCUCCGCCCAGAUCGGACCCCUCGUACGCAGCCUGCUCGGCGCGCUGCAUGUCAGGUUCUCCCUGCUAUGGGCACCGACGAGCGAGGCUCUGGCGACCACGCUGCGUACUAAUGCUGACGUGGCGUGGCCGCUCGUGCUGGAGUCUCUGCGCGCCUGGCAGGCGGAGUUCCUGUCCGGCGCGGGACGAUCCCACAAUCCGCCCGAGGGGCCAGCGGAUGGGGAUGAGAGCAUUGAGCUGCAGACAGUGCAGCAGCGGUUUUCCUGGCAUCUGGAAGAAGGCAGUGUGGAGCGCAGCGGCGGCUGCACCGACGCUGCCAUGCGCAUGACCAACCUUCUCAAGGCGCUGGCGGCGGCCUCAGCAGAGGCGCUGGAGCCGCGCUCGGGGGACUGGGUCCCCCUGCUGCUGGCCUAUCUAGGCUCGAGGUCACCGCAAGCGGCGGAGGACGCCCCUGCAGACGAGGCGGAGGGGGGAUCCGACGAGGGUGACAAAGCCGAUGAGAACCGGCGGCGCAGCGGCGCUGAAGCCGGCCCGUCUGGGCUGCCCGGUGGGCAGGCCGGGCUGCCCAGGACUUAUGUCGGCGCAAGGGCGUGGCGGGCGCUGGCAAAGGAGUGGAUGGGGGCGGUGGCGGGCUUCAAGUCUCUGAGAGGCGUUCAGCGCUGGAAGGAACUCAGAGCUGCCAUUGCCCUGCAGCUGCUCUCCAAUGACCCGAGCCUGCAGCAGGCAUCGCUCAAAUGCCUCAAGGGGUUCAAGCUGAAGUACCUCGGCCCGUAUGCGGACCGGCUGCUGCGGCUGGCGGCUGACGCGACGCUGCGCGAGGAGCUGACGGCGUUCCCUCUCGCGCGCACCGCGGACGACGCCAUCCAGCCAGAGCACCGCCUCGGCCUGACGGCGGUGUUGGUGCGGGUUCUGUGGCCCAAAAUGCGCAAGCGCUCCGGCCGGCUCGGCGGGAAGGGCGCGCCGGGCUCGGCCCGGGCCGCGAUUCUCAACUUCCUCACCGGCCUCGAACCGCCCGAGCUGCGCCCGCUGCUCGUGCUCUUCCUGACGCCCCUCGGAUCCGGCUUCGCCGUCACUCGAACCGAUGGCGUUGCUGCGGCGGCCGGGGCUGACACGCUGUUUGCAGAGCCGUGGUGGGCGGCCGAGUUGGGGCGGCGGGACGGCGGCUGGUGGCUGUCGGCAGUGGAUUCUGGCGCGCUGGCCACGCUGCCGGGCCGGGUGCGCGUCGGCUUCCUCAACGCCGCUGCCGACCUGCUUCGCCACCUGGGGCACCGGUUGGAGGCGUACCUUCCGGAAAUUGUGGCCCUGCUAGUGUCUCUCCUCGAGGGUGCCACGUCAUCGCUGCCAAAAGGGGCGCCUGCAGAGGAUGUCCACGUCAGCGCCCCCCUGGCAGUGACUGGGCAGGACGCAGCUGCGGACGUACAUGUGGACAAUGCGUCAGAGGGGCAGAGCGAUGCCGAUGUGGACGAAGCAGAGGAAGCCAUGCAAGUUGAUGGAGCAACUGAACAGGCGGACACGGCUGUGCCAUCAUCGGACCCCACCAGGGACACAAUCACUGAUUUGAAAGCAAAUUCGAAUUUAAAAGCGGGCGAGAAGGCGCGGGAAGCUGACGCGGGCGCGAGGGAGGUCCGCUCCAGCGCGCUGCGGCUGCUGGCCGCGCUGUGGACGCGCUUCCCGGCCGCAUGCGAUUACUCACCCGUCUGGCCGCGCUUCUUUGGGGCAAUCGCACCUCUGCUGCCGCGGCUGCUGGUGGAGGCUUCGGCUGAGAAGACACCACCGCUGCUGGAAGUGUUGGCAGCAAUUGCAGCAUCGCCAAGUCUGGCGCCUCUGCUGGGGGACUGUGCCUCACAGGUGGCAGCCUCAGAGGACGCCACCUGUCCCGUGGACAUCUGCAGAGAAGCCUGGGCCAGCCAGCACCACCUGGGCUCAAGGCUGCUGCAGCAGACGAUUGCGGUGCUGGCGGCGCCGCAUGCAUCAGAGGCGGCGCGGGGCGCGGCUUUGGGCGCGCUCGAGUCGAUACUCGACCUCGGACCGUCCUACGCUGACGUCAUCCUGCGCCUGCACACAAAAGAUCUGCUGGAGAGCCUCCGAGCGCUCGUCGCGGCGGCCGCCGCCUCCAACGGCGGCGCGCGGCCGAAGCGGCUGCGGCCCGGAGUCAAGGUGGCGCCGCGAGGCCCGACGCGCACCGACGCGCUGCGCGCGCUGAGCAUACUCGAGCGGAUAGCGGCCGGCGGCGCCGCGGCCGGCGCUGACAUGGCGCUGCAGCUGUCGGAUGCGCUGCUGCCGAUCCUCGCGCCCGGGGGCGGCCGGGCCGGGAAACGCGGCGACGAGGCGGCCGCCGUGCGCGUGCUCGGGGUUCUUGCUGCCGUGUGGUCGCAGUCCGCGGAGGCUGGAGGUGGCAUCCCAGAGGCGCACCUGUGGAGGUACGCCGCCGCGCUGGCGCCCCUCGCUGGAAGUCUGAGCAGCCGCGAGGCACGCGGCGCGCACACGGCCGCGUUCGAGUCGCUCGGCCGGCUGCUACCACCGCUGCAGCGCUCCGCCCGGCUGCUGUCCGGCCUCAACGCCAUGUCUGCCACAGAGAUUGAUGCGCCGGACUACGACGCACGGCUGGGUGCUUACGCGGAGCUCAACCCAACUACUUGGGCCGCCAUGCGCGCAACCGAGGCGCUGCCGCUGCUGCACGCCGCUUUGGCCGAUGUGCGGAAUGGAGAAGAUCUCGCCGCGCGUGCAGCCGCCUCGCAAGCGCUCUCCCGGCUGAUUUCUGCCGCCGCCGCUUUUGGCGACGAUAAAGAUGAGGCAGUGACCGCUGCCACGUCGUCAGUGGAGGCAGCUGUGGAAGCGGACCCCCCGGCGUUGGCCGGCGGGUCCGGCGCGGAGGGGGAGGUCCUGGCGACCGGGGGAUCUGAUGACUCAUCGGCAGCGGCCGGGGGAGAUAUACGCGUGGUGGCCGAGCGGGUGCUCUACUCGCAGCUGAAACGCACACUGGCGAUGCCUAGUCUGGCCGUCCGCCAGGAGCAUGUGGAUCUGCUGAGGCAGCUGGUGCGCGCGUUCCCUACCCGCUUCCAGGACCUGCUCAAACUCACGGAUGCCGACCCGGAGCUGGACUUUUUCAACAACGUCGCCCACUUGCAGUUGCACCGCCGCUCCCGGGCAUUCUACCGCCUCAAAAAGGCGGCUGAGGAGGGCAGCCUGGGCGCUGGAGCUCUGCUGGGCAUAGCAGUACCGCUGCUCCAACAGGUCAUUGUUGAAGGCAAGGAAGGGGAGGGGGCAGGCCACGAGCGCAAGGAGAAAGACAGGGACCGUGAGGCGAAUGUCUCGGCUGCAGCGGUAGAGGCGCUCGGAGCCGUGGCCGGAAGCCUCGACUGGACGCACUACCGCGAGCUGCUCAACAUCUUCAUGCGCGUCAUGCAGCGGAACGAGGGCAAGGCGGUGAUUCGGGCGGUGUGCGUGAUCAUUGACGCGUUCCACUUCCCGACAGCGGCUGACGCGGCGAUGACAUCAGCGGAGGGCGGCGAUGACAUCACCGCUGACAUCAGCGCUGACUCGGCAGAGAUUGAGACCACCCUCACCAAGCGCGUGCUGCCUGCGCUGCAAAUGCACCUGGUGAACAAGGAGAGGGAGGCGGUGCGAGCGCCGGUGGCGCUGGCAGUGGUGAAGCUUCUGAAGCACCUUCCGCCGGCUUCCGCGCGCGCGGCGCUGCCGGCCGCCCUCCAAAAAGUUGCCAAUCUGCUCAAGCUGCGCCUGCAGCGCAUCCGGGAUGAUGCGCGCACGGUGCUGGUGGCGAUGGUGGCUGAGUUGGGCGCUGACUACGCACACUUUGCCAUCGACACACUUCGAUCAGCGCUGCCUCGGCGCGGAUACAUGGGCCACGUCCAGUGCUACACCGUGCAUGCAAUCGUGCAAGCCCUGCUCAAGGACGCUGCCCCGGGUGCGCUGGACGGGGUGAUGGAGGACGUGUUAGAAGUGAUAGAGGCCGAGGUGUGGGGGGAGAUCGGCGAGGAGAAGGAGGCCGGCGCGUUCGCGGGCGGCUGCAAGGAAGCCAAGCGCGCGCGUGGCGUGGACAGCUACCAGCUCCUGGCGCAGGGCGUCACAUUCCGGACUCACAUUGCGCCCCUUCUGCAGCCGGUCACAGAGCGGCUGGGCCGCGCAAGCAGUCCAGCAGUACGGGCCAAGCUGCAGGCGCUGCUGCAAGCAGCGGUGCAAGGAAUUGCCGUGAACCCAACGGUCACGACAGAAGACCUGUUCAUCUUCGUGCACGGCGCAAUGGACGCCGGGCUGGCCGCAGAGGAAGCUGCGCGCGCGGCUGCUGCCGCCGCCGCGGAAGCUGCCGGGCAGGCGUCGGCUGACGGCGCAAUGCAAGAGGCAGGAGACGGCGGCAGCCGCCACCAGCACCUGAUGGUGGACGCAGCGCUGCGGCUGCUGCUGCGCGCGCUGCGCAGAGGCAACGCCACGUCAGACAGGUCCCCCCAGAACCUGGGCAUGCUGGACGGGCUGCUGCCUGUUCUGGCUCGCGCACUCAAAUCGCGCCACGCGGCCGUCGCCGAAAAGGCGCUGCGCUGCCUCGCCCUGCUGGCGCCGCUGCCGCUGCCAGGUCUGCCGGAUGCUGCACCGGAGGCAGGAGCGGCAGUGAUGGCGAUGCUGCGAAGUGCGCCAGACUCAAACGCUCCUCUUGCACAAGAAGGCUUCAAGCUUCUUGCCGCUCUGCUGCGCUCCUGCGAGUCCUACAAGCCGACGCAGGGCCAGCUGCGAGCGCUGCUUGCCACAGCAUUUGUGGAUGUGGAGGCAGCAGCGAACACAGUGGCGGCCUUCAAUCUGCUCAAGGCCAUCCUGGCGCGCCGGCUGAUGCUGGAGGAAGUCUACCAGCUCAUGAAGCGCGUGCAGGAGCUCAUGAUCAGCUCACACUCGGCUUCGGUGCGUGCGCAGUGCAGUGCGAUUCUGCUGAUGUUUCUGCUGGACUAUCCGCUGGGGGAGCAGCGGCUGGAACACCACCUCGACUUCCUCGUGGCAAACCUGGAAUUCGAACACGAGUCCGGCCGCGAGGCCGCCAUCGACGCCAUGAUCGCGGUGAUCCAGAAGUUUCCGGAGGAAGUGCUCGUGAAGAAGGACCGCGCGUCGGCUUUUUUCCUGCCGCUGGUGGCGCGUCUGGUCAGCGAUCCCUCCCCCAAGUGCCGCGCGCUCGUCGGCCGCGCCCUCAAAGCCCUGCUGUCGCGAGCCAACCCGGUGCAGCUGGACCGUUUUGCGAGCAUGUGUCAGAAGUGGCUGGAGGGCGCAGACCCGCGCCUGGGCAGGAGCGGCGCGCAGACGCUGGGAAUCAUGGCGGAGACUGAGGGCGCCAGAUUUGGACACCGAGUGCCCAUCCUUCUGCCGCAGCUGCUGUCCACGCUGCAAGCCCACUCGCAGGAGGAGAGUGGCGCUGUUCUUUGCACGGAGGCGGAGAAUAUUGCGCAGGGGUGGCAGGUCUGCUACGCGUGCCUGCUGCUGCUGGAGAAGAUUGUGGGCUCCUCCCCUGCCCAGGUGCAGUGGUCGGCUGGCCGGAGGGAGGUACGCCAGAUUUGGCUGCAGCUGCCGCCCCUGCUGACUCACCGCCACCUGUGGGUGCGCAAGGCCGCCUCCCGCCUGCUCGGCCUCGCCUUCGCCGAGAGCACCAUCGGGGAGGGAUUGCUGGCAGAAGAAGAGGCAGCGCCAGGCAGGCUGGCGUUUCUGCUCUUUAUACAGCUGGAGGCGGAGGCGGCCGACGACGCUCUGCUGUCACAGGCAACUAAGAACCUCGUUUUCCUCGCCCCCCGUCUGCUCGCCACCGACACCGCCGCCGGCCGCGUGCCGGCCGCCGGAAAAUCCAUAAAUUUGAGCAGCGUCGCCAAUUCUGGCCCCGCAGCUGACACCGCCAAAAUAGGCAAUGGAGCCGCAGGGGGACCGGGCGGCGCUGAUGUGGCGGACGACGCUGACCUGGACGCUGACCUUGACGAUGCCAUUGAGGAGGCGGCAGAAGGGGAAGGCAGGUCAGCGCUGACGCUGCACGGGCUGGUCAGGCGGAUGGCAAGACUCGCCGAUGAUCGCGCGUGGCCGCGGCAGGCAGCGCGUCUGGCGGCGCUGCGGUUUGCGGCCGCGCUCGGCAGCCGGCUCGGGAAGGAGUCCGUAGUGCCGUACCUGCCGUCCGUGCUGCUGCCGCUGUACCGCAUCACCGAGAGCAACGCCGCAAACUCCGACGAGGUGAAGGCUCUUGCCGAGGAGGUCUUGGCGCACCUGCGCACGGUGGCGGGCCCAGAGGCGCUGCUGGCCGCGUACAAUCGCGCGCGACAGCACGUCAGCGACCUGCGCUCCGAGCGCCGCCGGCAAAAGGCGCUGCAGGCGCUGGUGGAUCCUGAGGCGGCUGCCAAGGCGCGCAUGCGGAAACAGGAGCGGCGGUCGGCCGGCCGCAGAAAAGCGCUCGAGGAGGUUCGGCGCAUGCGCAGCGCAGGAGUCGCAGUGAAGCACAAGACCAAACGCGCGCAUGGCAGCAGAAGUGCUGCCGGCGCCUGAUCAGAGCACAUGCAAGAUAGUGGCAGGAGUGUUUACAGUCCCUUAUCUCAAGCCAGCCCUCCAGCAGCUGAGGAUCUGGGGCGAAGCCAGGUGCAUGCGCAGGGGCAAGAGGGCCGCCAGUGCUCCAUGAGAGAGGGCCUCAUCAUUUGGGAGUAUAACAGGACUAAGCGUAACCCAAAUACGCAUGCUUAGGUACACCCACUCACAUAGCAAGGCGGGGUGUCAGAAUCGACCCACCUGCCGUCGCGGCGCACGCCGUUGGAAGCAGCAGAUUAUAGGCAGAACAAUUGAAGCCACAUAUACGACCACAUACAGUCUCCUUGAUUCAAUGUCUGGCCUGUAUAAGUAGC